AUGGUCGACAUAAACCCCGCGGCCCUCAGUCGGCCCUCUGUCAACCUCUCGACUCCUAUUCUCGCUACAAAAUCUAUAAACGUUUCCGUCCCCCCAUUACAAAAGCCAAAGACCAGCCAACUAAUACCGGCCCGCAUUGAUCUUGAACCUAUCUAUACCGCCCUUAGGGCAAACAUUGGCCUGGAACAAUGGAACGUUUACAAGGAAGCCAUUAGCAACUUUCUCCUUGGUCGUCUCAACCAAGCCGAGCUUAGUGCACGCAUCGACCCGAUAUUGGCCUCUCCCGAUGGGUCCAAGGAACACCUUCACAACCAGCUCAUAGCUGCUAUAUACGGAAAUGUCACUCGAGAAAUGCCCGACCAGGGCCUUGCGCCUUGGGUCAGCGCAAACGACAAACCCUCAGCCAACACGUCUAACAAGCCAGUGUCUGGUGAUGCUGCAGAAAGGCGGUUGAAGGGAGAGGUCAUGCAACUCCCCAGCAGGGACAGGAGGCGUAUCAAAGACCUUGCACAAAACGACUUCGAUCCCUACGAGUCGCUCUCUAGCGUGUUCCUUGACCACUCUAGAAACAAGUCUAUCGUCAAGACUGCCGAGGUACCGGCAAGCGCCGCCGGAGGUCUCAGCCGGAUGAACUAUGACCUGGAAAUCAGGAAACGAUAUGCGCAGCCGCUGGCGGUCGAGUCUGGAGAGUUCCCAGAUGUCAGCAACAUUGAGGCCAAGAUGCUUCCCAUCUGCUACGAGGCCGGUCUGUCAGGUGGACACGCGCCAGAAGCUGCCCAGUUCAUGUCAAUAGCAACGGAAACGUUCAUCAAGCAAGUCAUGUCCUCAAUCUUCAGCCGAACGAGGUGCAACGGUCCCGGAGACUCAGGCAACGCCGGUUUCGGAGCAGGCAAUGCUUGGAUCCAAACACACAAGUACCGGCGCCAGCUGCAGAAGGAAGAAGAGGCCCUCCAGAGGGGCGAGGUAACACGCGACAAGAGCGGCCUGUUGCCCGUGGAAGCUAAAGCCGCCAGCGAGCGCGGGCCUCUUGGUAUGGCCGACUUCCGGAUUGCGCUGGAGAUGGGUGACUGCGGACUAGCAAACUUUCCAAUCGUCGCCAAGUCGGUCAUCUACGACUAUAGGGAAGGGGAGCUCGAAAACUGGGACGAUCACACUUACAUCGACGGGCGAAAAGUACAACCGAUUACCGACGGAGAUGUUAAGAUGGGUGGAAUGGUGGCCGACGGCAAGCCAGAUGGACCAUUACCCAAUGGCGUUAACCAUGAGGAUGCCAUGGACAUUGACAACGACGAUGACGAUAUACCUUGGGAAGGGGCAGAGCCCGAGGAUGGGGACUUUCUCAACAGCAUUUUGGAUACAUGCCUCGCCGUGGGCUAA